AUGCACGCUGGCGGCGGCGGUCUCACCUACACGUGGCCCCUCUACAUCGUGGAAUUCAAAGCCGGCCGCAAAGAUUUCUUCUUCCACACCCCGGACGCGCACGCAGGCAUCCUUCCCGUCAAACGCGGCGAUCUGGUCAUCGUGGAAGCCGACCGCGGGAAAGAUCUCGGAAAGAUCAUCCAUGAUAACGUGCUGAAUGUGCAGCAGCUGCAGAUGUUCCAGGCGCAGUUUGCAGAGUCCCUGCCGGAUUCGCAUAACCCGAGCAAGGAAGUGCACCCGAAACGGAUCUACAGGGCUGCUGUGCCUGCGGAAGUCACGAUGCUGGUGUCGAAGAGUCAGGAUGAGGCGAAGGCGGUGGCGGUGUGUCAGACGAAGAUUAGGCAGAAGAAACUGCCGAUGGAGGUUGUUGAUGCUGAGUACCAGUGGGAUAGGCGAAAACUCACGUUUUAUUUUGUGGCCGACCGCCGCAUCGAUUUCCGUGAACUCGUUCGGGAACUGUUCAAGUUGUACAAGACAAGGAUAUGGAUGUAG